CGGUAUUAUAAAGCCAACACACUAACAAGUUGAUAACAAACAAAACCCAGAAAGAAAAAAAAAGAAGAUAAGAAAGCACACAAGAGAAAAGCUGCUCCAACAAACACUUACAUACAUACCCUCUCACGCUCUGUUUUCUAACCCCCGAACGCCAUUCGAUUCCAAACCGAGCCUCGUGUCCCGAUAAUUGGGGUCGGCUGAAACCGGGGAAAAAAAAAUGGAGGAGCUGUGCUUCUACUUGCUGAAGGUAAUGGGUGUGUUGUUGAUCGUUGCGGUGAUUGUGCUGAGGGUCUUGGUUUUGCUCUGGUGGAGGCCUAGGAAGAUCGAGCGGCAUUUUUCGAAGCAAGGGAUCAGAGGGCCUCCUUAUAGAUUCUUCUUGGGCAAUGCUAAGGAGCUUCUGAGCUUAAUGUUGAAGGCCUCUGCUCAGCCCAUGCCUUUCUCUCACAACAUUCUGCCUAGAGUCCUCUCUUUCUACCAUCACUGGAGGAAAAUCUAUGGUGCAACAUUUCUGGUGUGGUUCGGACCCACGGUCCGUCUCACCGUGUCCGACCCGGACCUCAUCCGAGAAAUCUUCACGUCGAAGUCCGAAUUCUACGAGAAAAAUGAGGCUCACCCGCUCAUUAAACAACUUGAAGGUGAUGGACUCCUUAGCCUCAAAGGAGAAAAAUGGGCUCACCAUAGGAAAAUCAUCACUCCUACUUUCCACAUGGAAAAUCUUAAAUUGUUGAUACCGAUGGCGGCGCAAAGUGUGAUACAAAUGUUGGAGAAGUGGGUGGCAAUGUCGGAUUCCGGUGAGGUGGAAGUUGAAGUCUCAGAAUGGUUCCAAACCCUCACAGAAGACAUCAUCACCCGAACAGCAUUUGGCAGCAGCUACGAAGAUGGAAAAGCCAUUUUCCGACUACAAGCGCAGCAGAUGGUGCUCGCAUCCGAGGCAUUUCAAAAGGUUUUCAUUCCCGGCUAUAGAUUCCUGCCUACGAAAAGAAACAUGAAGUCGUGGAAAUUGGACAAGGAAAUCAAGAAAUCUCUCGUAAAUCUCAUCGACAAGCGGAGGGAGAAUUCGUGCAACGAAAGGGUGGGGAACGGGCCAAAGGAUUUGCUGGGACUCAUGAUUCAAGCGAGUGCGAAGGAAUCAUCUGUCCGUAUGAGGACGGAAUUGAAUUCCUUUCCCUCGUCGAAAAUCACGGUGCACGACAUCGCGGAGGAGUGCAAGAGCUUCUUCUUCGCCGGAGAGCAAACCACGUCGAACUUGCUGACGUGGACGACCGUUUUGCUAGCUAUGCACCCGCAGUGGCAGGUACUAGCACGUGACGAGGUGCUCAAGGUGUGUGGACCACGUGACAUACCCUCCAAAGAUGACAUUGCCAAGCUUAAGUCGCUGAGCAUGAUCCUCAAUGAAGUCUUGCGACUCUAUCCACCAAUUGUGGCAACAAUCAGACGGGCGAAAGCGGAUGUGGAGCUUGGGGGAUGUAAGAUUCCAAUCGGGACCGAGCUUUUAAUACCGAUCUUGGCCGUUCAUCACGACCAAGCUAUAUGGGGCAACGAUGCUAACGAAUUCAACCCCGCUCGGUUCUCCGAUGGGGUGGCCCGCGCAGCGAAGCAUCCCGUGGCAUUCAUUCCAUUUGGCCUCGGGGUCCGCACUUGCGUCGGACAAAACCUUGCCAUCCUACAAGCGAAGCUAACGAUCGCGAUAAUGCUGCAACGCUUCUCCUUCCACUUGUCCCCGCGUUAUCAACACGCACCAACGGUCCUGAUGAUCCUCUACCCGCAAUACGGUGCACCGAUCGUCUUUCGAAGAUUGGCCGACAACCUCGAUGCCGAUCGAGAUCAACGGUCGUAAUUAAAUUACUGCCAGCUCUAGAUGUAGUACUAUGGCUUGUGUGUGAGCACAUAUAGUUUUUUGCAUUGGAGUGACAAAAAUACCCAUUGUUGCAUUCAUGCUAACCCCCCCAUGUGUCAAUGCCCCAAGUGUUCGAUAGUUGUAGGAUUUUAGUGGCUAAUUGUCUUGGUUAUCUCAUGUGUAUUUAUAAUGUAUAUUUGCACAACUAUCUAACACAGUUUUGUAGUAGGAUUAUACCAUGGAGAAUGUCAAAUGGUUAGGUUGUACUGGUAAUAUUGAAAAAGUUUGGAAUCUGAAGGCCCUUUCUUAAUUUCUAGUGAUUUUGAAGUUCCAAGAAAAA